CACACACAUACAACUCCCCAUGGAAAUUAGUCCAGGAAAUGUGUCUCCGCUUGCCUCCUCUGCUACGAUAAAGCAGAUGGAUCACGGCCGUGAGCGCAGUCAACAUGGAAACAGCCUCGUUAAUAUUCUUAGUAUCUGGAGUCGUCAACACAGCGGCGACAAGCAGAAAGUGCAGGCCUUGAAUGUGCUGUUGCUAGGCGACAGACAAAGUGGGAGAAGUUCUGUGGGGAAUUCUCUGAUUGGUGGACACGAAUUCCAGACAGGUGCCUGCAUUUCUGGUGUUUCCGUGACGACAGAGUACCGAGUCCUCAGCCGAAAUUUCCCACGGUAUUUCAGACGACAGGGGGCGGAGUCUGACCUCAUGUUGAGAGUGAUUGACACACCCCCUCUGCCUCCAUGCCCACAGACCGUGCACGAGCUCUGCACUGAGGGCGUGCACGUACUUGUGCUCGUCGCGAGGACUGACCUGCCUCAUGAAAACACACAUGUGGAGCAGUGUGUGGAGAGUCUCUUCGGUCCAGAUUGGCGCCACCACGCCUUACUCAUCCUCACAGAAGCUGACCACCUGAAGAAGGUGGGUCUUCGCCCAUCUGGCCACCUAACAGAGGCCACUGAUUGGCCGGGAACUCUGGCCAGCAAGGUGGUGGGUGGAGUCUCCUUCUUGGACAACAGCUGCGAUUGGCCGUCAAUCAGCGGACGACCGCUGAGAGACCGAGUGCUCCACCUCUCAGCCAGGAACCAUCACAGAGCUCUGAACAUCAGGACAGACGUCUCACUCUGAUAUUGAAUUUUGGUCACCUGAAGUUGCAACUGACAUUCCACCAAAU